CUGGCUGGAAAUUCGCCCGUCAAAGGUGUUCUCAACUUCACCGAGUGCUCGGGUGAGUUGAGGAUCGUCGGUGAGAUCACGGGAUUGACGCCGGGCCAGCACGGCUUUCACGUUCACGAAUUCGGCGACAUCUUCAGCAACGGGUGCGACUGGACUGGCAAACAUUUCAACCCGACCAAGGCGCUUCACGGAGCCCCGGGCGAUGCUCCCGACCGCCGUCACGCCGGCGAUUACGGCAACAUUUUGGCCGAUGCUUCGGGAGUGGCUAAGGUCGACAUGGUGGACACGAUGACGGCGCUGAGCGGGCCGAAUUCCAUCAUCGGACGGGCCAUGGUCGUUCACGCCAACGUGGACAAUCUCGGCCGCCAAGACAACGAAGGCAGCCGGACGACGGGCAAUUCCGGGCCCCGCAUCGCUUGCGGCAUCAUCUUCAUCGCCCCCUGAUCUAUUUCCUUAAAAAAUUAAUUCGCUCUUUUUUUAUGCCAUAUCUUAUAUGACAUUUGAUUUUCAAUUGUUUUAAUUAAGUGAAGCAAAAUUUAUUAUUUUCUGAUUGCUGCGCAUGGUCAUUGUAUAGGACCAAUUGGAUAGGCUGUGAAAUGUUUUGAAUUGAAGAAAUUUGGGAUUGCUGGCCUGAAUUUUAAAAAUAAAACAAAUAAAUACACUGAUGCU